UAUCAUAUUCUAAAAGGCCUGAGUAGGAAGCAUUCAAUCUCGACGGGUGCUGAAUCGGUGGACAACGUGCUGCUGGGAAUGAUCACGGGUUCCGGUAUUCUAGUAUUCACAAAUCCCAUUUGGGUUGCUAAAACGCGACUGUGUUUGCAGUACGAAUCUGAAAAGGCACAGUAUCGUAGUCUCACACAUUGCAUUUCCUCCAUUUCUCGAAAGGAAGGAUUUUCUGCUUUGUACAAGGGUUUUACGCCGGGUGUUAUUGGUACUGUUCAUGGUGCAAUUCAAUUCAUGCUUUACAAUCGUUUCAAGGACGAUCGCUUACGACGUCUGGGAUUGUCCCCCGAUCACAUUUUGGAUACUUUCGAUUGCUUGCUUUUUUCCGGUGUAUCGAAAAUGAUUGCCACAACAGUAACGUUUCCAUACCAAGUUCUGCGAACUCGGUUACAGUUGCACUGA